GACGAUGCUAGCGCAGCUCAAGCGAGAGAGCGGCGCAACCGACGCGAUCGCAGUCGCCAAGGCGCUGCUUGGCGCCGACUUUAUCUCGCUGGCCGACUGCUGCUGGGCGUGGCCGGUGCUUGUGGCGUCCGUCAAGGUGGCCACGCCCACGUCGUCGCUGCAAGCCAGCGCCAGCAUGCUCGCGCCGUUGCUCGCAUCGCCUCACCAAUUCCACAUCGAGUACAUGCACGGCCUCGGCCACGUCAGCGACGUCCUCCUGCAAUGGACCACAAACAUGGACGUGGCAGCGCGUAUGCUGCACGUGCUCGUGCACCAGCUCGUGCCCGACUACUUUACGAGCGCGAUGACUGGUCUCGAGAACGACUGGAAGUUCCUCUACGGCGUCGUCCAUCACUUUGAUCCGCGGCUCGGCCCGCACCUCGCCACGAUCCACGUCGCCUUGCCCGACCUACUCGCCUCGUGGAGCUACCGACUCUUUGUGGACGCCUUGCACCCGACGAUCGUCCGGCACGUCUACACGUGGGUCCUCGCCGAGGCUGUGACGUCCCGCGCCCGGUCCAAGUGGCUCGUCUCACUCAGUGCCGCGCUCUUACUCUACCUCGGUGACGCGCUGCUCUCGGUGGCCGACGCGCCGAGCUUCCACGUCGUUCUCCGCCACUUUUGCACCGUGACGCUCGGAGACGAGGCCAUCGCCAAGGCGUUUCUCGACGUGGCCGUAAAUCUGCACGGCUACAUCAAGGCUCCGUUCCCGCCGCUGCGUCUCCAGUCGCCACCGGACGAACCCUCGAGCGGCCGGCUCUUUGUCAGGCCAACCGCAGCGGCCACCUUGCGCCUCGCGCCAACACUGCAUCCGUGGCCACCGGCCCGGGACGGCGCGAGCUGUGCGCGGUACCUCCACCACCGGCCGCGAGCGUUCUCUGACAUUGAAGCCAGCAUUGAGAAGGACAUUCCACGCACCUUUGUGGUGCCGCCCGAGGCCGGACCGGCGCUCACCCGCGUUCUCACCAGCUUUGCGAUUCGCUGUCCACGCAUUGGGUACUGCCAAGGCAUGAACGAGAUCGCGGGCGUGCUGCUCGCGUCGGCCAAGAUGGACGAAGAGAAGGCGUUCUGGGCGCUGGUCUACCUCCUCGAAGACGUCUUGCCCGAGUACCACACGCACUCGAUGGCCGGUCUUCACGCGGACUGCAGUCUUCUCCAGUCCUGGCUGGUCCGCAACGAUCCGUACCUGAGCCAGCACUUGGCCGCACUCGGGCUCAACAUGGAAGUGCUCUGCACCACGUGGCUCGUCACGUGUUUCGUCACAAGCGCGCCGGCGCCGUUUUACGAGCGCUUGCUAGCAGCGGUGUUUGCCGCACCGUCGCCGCAGAGCGCGUCCCGCAUCCCGCUCGUGACAGCCCUCGCCAUCCUCUUGCAUCUCUCGCCGCAGCUCACGCUCGAGCGUGAAGCCGGCGUUGUGCUUCGGCGGCUCAAGCUCUUCUUGCACUCGUUGUCGACGCCCGAGACGGCCUCUUCGUUUCUCGAGACGUGCAGUUUGCUGUGGGCACAGCUGCCUCCACCCGAGCUCGCGUCGGCCCGCGACGUCCACUUGAGCUCGGUCCACGCAGUCUUUGACGCGCGCGAAUCCAAGAAGGCGGCGCUGCGCGAGCAAAAGCUGACGCCGUCCAAAGCCAUGGUGACGUCGUCCCGGCGCCGGUUUGGGCUUGUACCGAUCCCGUCACCGCCCAAGUCGCCGAUCCGCAAGCUCGGCGAGUCGGUGCGCAAGGGUUUUCGGAUACCGCGGUCGAUAGACGACGAUGACGACGACGACGACGGAGACAGUGACGCGUCGGACGUGUCAAUCUCGGUCCGACAACAUCUCGCGACCACCGCGCAGCUCUACGAGAGCGAGGCCAUUGACGCGGACGAGCUGGACGCGAUCCAGCGACGCAUCUUGACCUCGUGGCUCGACGCGCUGCAGACACCCGCGCACGUUGCGGACCGGGUGACGCAACUCAAAAACGCAAUUGACCCGGCGCCCGUCGAUGAGUUUGAGAUUGAUGUCGUUGAGACGCCCAAGAAAAAAGGCUAUGGGUGGCGCCGCGCCAAAGCCAAAGUCACUGCACUUGGCGCGCGGCUGCGACCUAGGGCCGUGCCCAAGCCGGCGCCCCGCGCCAUGUCCUUGACGCUGAGUCCGACGGCCCUGACGCGUGACGCGAUUGGCCAUGCGAUCUACGAUGACGACCAGCGCGUCACCAGGAAACUCGAGCUCAUGUCGCAGUCGCUCUUUGACGAAGCAGCGCAUUAGGCGCGUGUGAAUAUAGCAUUUGUCUACGCUUCCGAUAAGAUAUAUCCAACUCCU